AUGUUCAAGAAUACCACCUAUGUCAACUACCCGGGGAACAUCUUUCCAGCGAGCAAGCACACUGAAAGAGCCCUCAAAGAACACAACCUUGGCUCAGACCAGCAAACACACACCCAGGUCAAACCAGACACGGAUCUUCAAAAUCAACGAGACCCGAGCGGGGAUGAACAGGCGUCAUCACAUUCUUAUAGGACACACACUCAGAUUGAUAAUAUCAUUACCCACGACUCAAAACCCAUGUCUCGAAACGCAACACACGAUCACGACCACGAUUACAUACCUUUAGGGGAUGAAGUUGAUGACAGCACUCUUCCAACUGUGAAACAAACCCUAAACGGGGAAUACCAUGCGCUAGGUGGAGUUGCAAACGGCCAAGAUGACCUGCUUGCAAUGAAUGGGAGGCGCAAUAACUUUGAAGCCAUAUCGGAAGAUCUGGUCCAUGACGAGGCUGCACUGACUAUCAUACAUCCAUUACAUGUUAAUGAACAUGCCCGUGGUGGUUGCAGUGCCCACCAAGUGGCCCAGUCUGAUGAAACGCAGAGCCUCAUUGAGACAUUGACAGGUAAUAACGAUCAUACUCAUGCGUCUUUGACGAUGCUGGCCACCUUGCAAGACCAGGCCAAUGUACCGAUCGAAGGCCCGAUGGAGUUCUUGAGGAAGCAUCUCAAUCCAGACAGCCACAAGCUCGCGUAUGAAGUACAAAAGGCUCAAGGCGCUAUACAGACAGAGUAUUCUAAUGGCAGCAACGGUGAAGUCACGAGAGACAUUGGCUGGCAUAAAGCGAAAAUAGAGAUACCUGAUCCAUUGAUUGGUGGUUACACGAACGGAGAGCUUUUUGCCUUCAUCAGACGCUUCAACAAGGACGUUUUCGAUGUCAAAGCAGUGCCUAUAGACACUGCAAGUGGUCUUGACCUCAACGAUGCAUGGUCCCAAGAUCACGCCGGGGAUAAAGUGGCUUUACAACUACAACGAGUUUAUCUGUCCGUGGUUCUCGGCAUUGCAAGCCUUGCCAAACAAAUCUCGCGACUCCGAUCCUGGAAGGAGACUUGCCGUACAUCGAUAUUCUGUGGGAUAUACUUCGCUGCGUGGCUUUUUGAUCUGUUGAUGCCGCUUGUAUUUGGAACUUUGAUUCUCAUCGUGUCGUCGGUCCAAGCUCGCCAAGUACUCUUUCCGCCCGCACCGCGUGCUCUGGUGAACAUCAGGACGGGCGGGAUUCAGAAGCCGCAAGCGGGUAUGCUAGGGACCAUAGAUACACUUACUGGUGCUCCGGAAAAGCAACCACAUGAAGCUACUGAAGAAGAAGCAUCAAAUUUCGUCGAGAACGUCCGACAUAACAUUCAAAGAGCUGUUGGUAUGCACAACAAUCCACAACAGGACGGCGAUGGGGAUCCACUAGAAGGAAAGAUCCCCAAGCCUAUGAGCAAAGCCCUUGGAGCCGUGCAAUCUGUCGGUUCCGCACCAGGGCAUAUUACUGAGUGUACAGAUCAAACUCAACAGCCAAUGGAAGAGAUCAUAUGGGCGGGACUCAAUCCAGAAAGCAUUGCCAAAGUUCUUGACAUUGCACCCCACGUGAUAGGAGAGCUAGCUGAUGAUUGGGAGAGAUUUGCGAACGCAAUCUCGCCAAGACCGCCAUUUUCUCGUUUUGCUUUCCUCAGAAUUGUGGUCGUUCUUGCCUCUUUGUUUCUCGUCUCGCUUUCCGUCGAAUACUAUAUUAUUUACAAGGGUGUUGGGUUUAUCGCUGGGAUCGCCAUAUUUGGCGAUCCAAUGCUUGCGCGUGCAACAGCAUGGCUCAAACGACAUGUGCCGGACUAUAUGGAGCUUGCACAGCCGAAGAACAAUAUACUUCGAGGUGUCCCUACAAACACCCAGAUAGCAAUAACUCUUCUCCGCAUCGGCGAAGCACACAAAACUCCUCUUCCUCCUGUACUCACCUCCAAUCCCGACGACCCGGAUCAUCAAAACCUGAUUGACGCUGAGAACAUACCUGUCGGUGCUACCCGCCCCGAUGUCCUUGAUGCGACCAUGCCCUCGGUUGGGAAAGCCCACGGCGAAGGGAAUAAGGAAAAGCCAAAACACAGACAUCUUUCCAACUUCGUUCGUUUUUUCAAAGGCAAUGCCAAGUUCUUCGUCGAGGCGAAACUUGCUAUUGAUCACGUUCGGGCCGCAACUGGUUCGCAGAAAGCCAAAGACCACUUAGGUGUGUUACAUCAGACGAACAGCAUCAUCUAUACCGGGCCGAGCGAAUAUCAGUGUCGGUUCGAGGGCAAACAUGGCUGGGCAGUCAUCACAGAGUCUCCUAAACCGAGCGUGUUGUUUACGCGGGAUGACCCAAGAUUGAUGAGCUCUACAAAUCUGAAACCAGUAUUUGAAAUUGCCGUGGAGGAUAUAAAGCGAAUGAAGAGGGCAACAGCUUUUGCCAGCUCGGCAGUUGAGGCAGUGGUGGCGCUAUCGUCGGACCAGAAGUUGCUAGCAAGCUUAGAGAUUGAGGAUAAGGAAGAAAGAUCCUGGAGAAUGACAGUGAUGCCGGAGCGAGAUGAGUUGUUCAAUCGCUUAGUUGCGGCUGGUAGUCAAAGAUGGGAGAAUAUGUGA